AUGUCGAUCGACGACGAACAGGCCCCGACCCCGACCUGCCCAACACAACGCCGUGCCGCCGACUCAAGUGACCACACCUCGCAGCACGAACCGACCAAAGCAGCAGAAGCAGCAGCAAAGGGUCACAGGCGAACGAGCGAGACCAUCGCCCGACUUCAACAGGUCACCUCCUACAGUACCCUCUUCGCCAACUACUGUUGCACGUACCGACAGGUGGCCUCGUUCGUGAAGGCGGUGCUCACUUAUCUGCUUCCGGCGACCUUGUGGGGUUCCAAGCACAACGUGGCCAUCCUGGCCAAGAGUGUGGAUGAGUUCGUACGGCUGCGGCGCCACGACCGCUAUUCGGUCCACUCGGCCAUGUCCGGGCUACGGCUGCGGGACAUGACGUGGUUGCGAGGCGUGCGACGCGACUACAAGGACAAGCAGCGCAUGGUGCAACGGCUCAUCAGCUGGGUCUACUCGCAGCUCAUUAUCCCUCUGCUCCGCAUCCACUUCUACGUCACUGAGAGCGGACAGUAUGGCAAAAGGAUCUUCUACUACCGAAAGCCCGUGUGGGCGCACAUCUACCGGCUCGCGAUGGCCGAGUUCAGACGGAGCCAAGUGUUCUCCGAGGUGCCUUCGGAUGAAGCGAAGCGGGUGCUGGUGUCGCCGGAGCGCCAGCUCGGCUUCUCGUUCAUACGGUUCCUGCCCAAGAAUGGCGGCGUGCGGCCCAUCGUGAACCUCAAGCGCAAGCCCACCAACUACGCGGCCAUCUCCGUCCUCGACAACGAAGUGACGGCAGCCUAUGUGGCGGACAGAACUAACAAGAAGAUCGAAUGGAGCAUCAACACCAUACUCAGGACCACCUUCUUCAUCUUGAGACAUGCCAAGGUCGGUCGUGCUCCGCUCUACAUAGACAACAACCCCGAAGUGCUGGGCGCGUCGGUGUUCAGUUACAACGACGUCUACGUGCGCCUGUCGACCUUCCUCAAUGAGCUCCGACAGGAGCGAAAGCGGAAAAAGCUGCCGCGGCUCUACUUCGUAAGCAUGGACAUCAAGAGCUGCUUCAACAACAUCAACCAGCACAAGGUCUACGAGGUUGUCGACAAGUUGCUGAAGGACCAGGACGAGUAUCUGGUCUACCGAGUGAUCACCCACAUGCCGGUCCCGACCCUUCGGCGCAUCGUCUCCCGGCCUGAGGGGCGUGUGAUGCCCCUGGACGAGCUGCCCCAGGCCUACGCCUUUGCCCGCGACCUCGCACAGAAUCGAAAAGACUCGAUCAUCACCGACCAGGUGGUGCAUAUCACCAUGGACAAGAGCGAGACGAUGGAAUUGCUCAAGCAACACCUGUUCGACAAUCUGGUGGUGGAUCGUAUGGACGACACCCCCAGGUUCUACCGCCAGACGAAGGGGAUUGCGCAAGGCUCGGUGCUCUCCACCCUCCUCUGUUCGCUCGUGUACGGGGACUUGGAGAACAGCUGCUUCAAGCACCUGUCCUGGGACAGUCGCUCCCUACCUACCUUCUACACUCCUUCGCCUUCGACCACUCAGUCCAUAUGUGCCACGCCGAUGGAAGACCCGGCAAAGCCCAAGGGGGUGCUGGUGCGGCUGAUCGACGAUUUCCUGUACAUCACCACCAACGCCACGAUGGCCAAAAGGUUCGUGUUGGACAUGCACAAGGGGUACCCGAGCCACGGUUGCACGGUCAACACCCUCAAGACGCAGGUCAACUUCGACAUGAGCGUCGACGGCAAACAGCUGAACAACGUCAACCACCGGCCCUCGACCGCCAAGCACCACCGGCAUCCCAAGCAACCGCCACCCACCGACCCGGUCUUGUCGUGGUGCGGGCUGCUCAUCAACACCCGGACGCUGCAGAUACGCGCCGACUACACUCGAUACGAGGGCACAUCGCCUGACGUGUCCUCGGGCUGGACUAUGCGGUCGAUCAAAGACAUCGCAGAACAGCUCACGAGCGGUGGCGGCGGGAGGAAGCUGUGGGUCGGGAUCCUACACGCGGUCAAGCCCAAGUGCCACCCGCUGCUGCUCGACUCCCGCAUCAACCAGCCGGAGGGCGUGGCCCUCAACGUCUACCAGGUCUUCACACUGUGCGCGAUCAAGUUCUACUGCCAAGUCAAAGCCAUGCCUCGCGGCGCCGACAAGAACCCCGCCUUCUUCCUGGGCGUGAUCUUCGAUGUGGUCCGGUACAUGUGGAUGCUCGCCAAAUCACGCACCUCGUGCGGGAUCGCCAAGCAGAUGGACUGUCGGCUUGGCUACAAGGCCUUUGCGACGGUGCUCCAGACCAAGCAGACCCUGUUCUCCCUGCUGCUUCCGCCCCUUGCCACCAAAACCAAACAGAUCUGGCGUUCGGUCCGGCACAACAAGAAGGUCAAACAGCGACUGGCCUACGCCACCGACCCGCACAACUCGGAGGUGUUCAAGCUCAUUCGCUACUGA